AUGGCGGCCUACUACAACGGCGGCAGGCCCAUGCCAUACUCCAACACCGACGAGGGCUUCGACGGCGGCAGGACGAUUUACUCCACCCCCACCGAGUGCUACGACGCCAGCAAGCACGGCCUUGGCACCGGCCACGGCCAUGGGUAUGGCGGGACCAACAUGUACUCCAACACCACUGACGUCCAGUGCUUCGACUCCAGCAUGCACGGGCAAGGCCGCGGUGGCGGUGGCAGGACCAUGUAUUCCAACACCGCCCACGGGCUCUUCGACUCAGGCAGGCCCGGGCAUGGGCACAUCCACAGCUACGGGCACAACGACGGUAGGAUCAUGUCGUACACCACUACCACCACAAAGGAGUCCUUCGGCGGAGGCGAGCAGGGGCAGGGGUACUACAAGAAGGAGGUGAAGCAGCACAAGAACAGGGAGCUCCUCGGUGAGGUUGGCGCCUUUGCCCCGGUAAUUACUCAGGAAGUCAACAUCGCAUAA